AUGGAAGAAUAUAUAGGAGCAUGCCUUAUAAUAAAAACAAACAAGGCAACGCAUAUAGGAAGGCUGCAGCAGAUCACACCAGAACUGAACAAAAUGGUUGUGGAAGUAUCUGGUCAUUUGAAAGAAAUUGAGCUAUCCGAAAUAGAUGAGGUGGAAAUACUAGCAGACGAAGAUAGUGAGAUAAUAAGACAAGCACAGCAAAAGCCAAAGCAAAAAGAAGAGGUGAAGAAAACAGUCACUGCUACUCAUAUAUCAAUGGAUUUAUAUAAUAAAGUGAUCGACUUAUCCGACACUCUUUAUGGUCCAUCCAGAGGUGAAGUUAUUUACUCUGGUGCAAGAGGUGUCCUGCACUUGUUUGUGAACAUUUUCAAAUUUAUGGAUAAGAAGUUUGUUGUAUACACCGGCGCCGGCAUAUUCUCAGAAAUAGCAGUUGUAUUGGGAAGGCUUUCCAUGCUGUACGGAACAGAUGUGACAAUUAUUCCAUCGGUUCGAACGCAGCGACUGACCAGAGAACUAUUCUACUAUGAGUCAAAUGGAGGAGUAGUCUCAAAUAAAAGAAAGGAUCAAACAAUUGUAAUAAUAGCAGACACCGAUGCUAAAGAAGAAAUGACAAAAAAUGCAGAAAGAGUUAUUUUCUUGGGUGAUUAUAAAAAUAUUGAAACACCAAAUAAAGAAGUGAUAUUUUUCGGUGUGCCCGUUCGUGACCCAGCAGAGUUCACGGGGAAUGCAAUUCUAUGCGAUGUAGGCCUCUCUUCAAAGAUAUUUACAAAAUUCAAUAUUCGAAAGUAUUCACCUAAGUUACUCCAAAAGAUUACAAAGCAGUAAGAUAUAGUUCUUGUGUUGAUGGGUAUAGAGUGGGAAAUUAGGAGGAAAUAACCAUACCCACACACAUGCUGGUUUAAUUUUACUGUUGGGACGCGG